AUGAAAAAGAAGACGGAAGCGGAGCCCUCUCGUUUGCGACGAAGGAGCUCAUCCAGAGAGCCACCAGUGAAGAAGUUCCCAAGGAAUGAGUCUGGGCAACAAAGCCAGCCUAUCCUGAAGCAGCUCUCUGAAGAGUUCCUAGCCAGGUUCGUCUCCAACACUAAGAUCUCGAAGGAGCCGGAUAAAUUGUUCGGCCUCCGAAAGGAGCAGGAGGAAACGUUGUGCAAUUAUACUAGGAGGUAUUGGGAAGAAUACAAUGACCUGGAGGAAAAUGUGUGCAGUGAGCAGAUGACCGUCAUGUCCUUCAAAUAUGGUCUGCGCUUGGAAAGUAAGCUGAGACAGUCACUUACCAAGCGCCCGGCCACAGCUUUGAAAGAUUUGCGUGCCAGGAUUGAGCAGUAUGCACGCCUCGAAGACGAUCAGAUCCCUAUCGAGGUAGCGUCAACAGAACAAAUAGCUCGGCAUAAGAAGAGAUCAGACCAAGGAGAACACCGAGGGAUUACAGUGAAUAAAGUGGAUAAGUCCAAAUCCCACGAAGAUGUUGUAACUGUAUUCAAAGAGCCGAUCUAUCGAAUCCUGGAAAAGAUCAAGAGAGAGCCCUUCUUCGUUUGGCCACCGAAAAUGUUGGGAGAUCCAGCUCAGCACAAUCAAAAGCUCAGAUGCACCUACCACCAAGACAGGGGCACAUGA